CCUGCAGAGCUCCAACAGUGAAACAUCUGUCGCCUCGCUCUCCAGUAUGAAUUGCGCCUGGGCUCCGGACUGAAGACACACAGGCAUCAGGCAGGCAGGCAGGUUGGUACGGUGCGGCACGGAGCGAAGCGGAUACGGGAUGCGAACAGAUGACGGCGGAUCAUGAGAGAAAGUGGCGAGGGACGCACUGAGCCGCAGAGAUAAGACAGCGCGCCACAAAAAUGAAGGCACUUAUGGUAAAGCGUCAUGGGGUCGCCUUGCUGCUCGGGCUGCUCCUGUUCGCCAGCUUGUUCCUCGUGUACAACAACAGCUCCACCAGCGGAGCUCCAUCCAGGGACUCUAACGACACGCACAUCCGACAGCAUGAACAUCUGCGGUUUCCCACUGAAGCUCCCGCCAGGGUGGCCAAGCCUCACCCCCCGGCCCUCCAGGGAUACAUCGGCAUCAUCGACCAUAAGCCUCUCAGGAAGCACUGUAGGACCUGCUCUCUGGUGACCAGCUCGGGUCACCUUAUCGGAGGCGGACAGGGUGAAGCAAUCGACGAGGCCGAGUGCGUCAUCCGCAUGAACGAUGCCCCCACUGCCAGAGGCUACGGCCGCGACGUGGGCCACCGCACCUCUCUGCGCGUUAUCGCUCACUCCAGCAUGCAGAGGGUCCUAAGGAGCCGCCACGAGCUGCUCAACACCAGCCAGGACACGGUGUUCAUCUUCUGGGGCCCCAGCAGCUACAUGAGGCGCGAUGGGAAGGGUCUGGUCUACAACAACCUGAGGCUGAUGAACCAGGUGCUGCCAAUGCAGGUCUACAUCAUCUCCCUGCAGAAAAUGCUGCAGCUGGACGACCUCUUCAAGAAAGAGACGGGGAAGGACAGGAAGAUAUCAAAAUCAUGGCUGAGCACCGGCUGGUUCACUAUGACAAUCGCCUUGGAGCUGUGCGAUAGGAUCAAUGUCUAUGGCAUGGUCGCCCCUGACUUCUGCAGGGGGCGUCAGCAUCAAUCCGUCCCCUACCACUACUAUGAGCCCCGCGGGCCGGAUGAGUGUGCCAUGUACAUCUCUCAUGAGCGUGGACGGAAGGGAAGCCACCACCGCUUCAUCACUGAGAAGCAAGUCUUUGCAAACUGGGCACGGACUUUUGACAUCCACUUUUACCAGCCGGACUGGAGCCCCCCGCCUCUCCCGGCCAAUCGGACACUGGAGACGGCGAUCGCUGCUGCGCCUGUGGUACCCAAAAAGACGUGAUGGGUGUGGGGGUUAGGAAAUACUUUUAAGUGUUUUUAUAGGGGAGAACUGAAAAACGGGAACUUUGCAUUAUUCAGGAGCUCUUGGAUCUGAAACAGAACGGAUCAUAACGGACGAUCACCUCAGAGGAAGGACGGGUUUUGUAUGUGUUGCUGGACUUUUGUUGUACACAGAUCGCCACCGCUGCAGCUCCUGCUGUGUUUUCUCUAUGGAGGUGAAGCAGUUCAGUUGUACGUCCAUUUUUAUUAAUAAAGCCUUGUAGAGUGAGGUUAUACAAGGAGGCAACAGUAUUCACACUCUCAAUGCAUGCAUUCAUUGCAGCGCCUCCUCGUUUUUGUGCGUACAGAUGUGUGCGAGUGUGCGAGUGUGUGUGUGUGUGUGUGUAUGCAUAAGUCUACCAACACUAUCACAGAGCAUACAAACUUGAGCCCGGGCUCUACACAAAGCCUCUCUUUGGCGCUGUAAUACGAAGGAUUCAGUGCUUACAGUUCAAUGGAAGAAAAUACCAUUACAAUACCCAUAAUCUAUAGAGUGUAGAGCUGGAGACAGCGUUAGCGGAAUACUAAUAAAACUGUAGUAUCAGUUAAAUAUGGCGGAGUAAAUUAUCCCUGUUCAGGGGUUUCUUCUCUAGCUGCCUUCAGAUAUUGAAGAGGUCAAGUUGGAUGAGAUUCUUUAGACCCCUAAAGACCUUCAAAGCAGAUAUUCACUUCCCUGACUUUGAGUAUUGCUGCCUUUCAGAUGUGUGCAAUGUAAGCUCACUGAAGUGUCACCAUAGUCGAAGUUUAAAACGCCAAACUUCCUGCUUCGAUGACAAGAGUGUAACCUUACAGAGGGUUUAAUCUUGGCCCGGUGCAGAUGUAUGAUGAGGCUUUGUUGGCUGCUGUCACUAUGUAAUAGUGCAAUUUAUACAGCUACAAGUCGGAUAUCCAUGUGAAUGCACAGGUAAGUCACAAAAGACAAGUGGGAGAUUAAGAUGGAGAGCAGGGAUGCAGCGGUAGCAUCCUUCCUAUUAUAUUCAUCUGCUGCUGCUGCCUUGAGCCUGAAUUACCUCGUGGGAGAAUUACACUCUUUUUUUUUUUUUUGGGGGUUAAACUGAUGAGUAUGUGAUCUGUCACUCCUCUCUUCUCCAGCUUUCGAUUGUGUUUUAUGUGCACUCUCCUCUCAUUCGAUGUAGUGCGAGCUACUCGUAGGCUGCCCCGUCCUCUCCCAGAGAUCCUCUAUUUUCCUCUCCAUGAAUAAGAAUCAGGUCUGGAGGAAAGUGAUGCCUCGUGUGGUUAUCUUAAUGAUACAUCCUGGUGCUGAGUCCUUAUUGAUUCGCCGUCAUCUUUGGAAUGUGAGUAAUGAGAGGAGAGAUGCCGUGGGUCAGAUACAUAGGUGCUCACACCUCGAGGACGUGAUUCACAUCAUGUCUCUUUGGUGGAGACGAGGAUACGAUUGCUUAUCAUACAAACAGCCGCAGGAGAGACUCUGCUUCUGUUCGGUUUCUUCGCCUGGCUCCACGUCUUGCUGUUGACUCUGUUGUGCAGCAAAGUCUAAGAAAGUGGUUUGUUUAUUUGUGUUUUUGUCUCAGAGUGGAACAGGUUAGCACAAUAGUCUGUCCAAGGGAACUGAUAAGCAUUUAAAGGUUUUGGGUCUUUGCCUAAUUGCUGGGGGGAUUUCUUCAGAAUAUUUUCAUUUUCUAUAAUUUUUUUAGUUAUAAAACACAAAACGAACAAAAUUCCAUCUACAAGUCCUCAGAGGCCAAACUGACAGGUUCAGUUUGACAGUGAAAUUUCUAAAGUUAUUCCAUUUACAGAGAAUAGCAGCAUCUCAUUGCUGCAUUAUGAAAAAGUGGAAUAUUUAUAUAAUUUGUUUCGUAAAUAAUGAAAUGGUUCUUCCCUUUCACACAGAGUUUAAUGCCAUUUGUCAUGCCCAUACAAUGUAGUUGCAGUCAGCAGCUGGUUAGCUUAGCUUAGCAUCAGCUGAAAAAGUAAAUGUUAAAAACAAGAUGCUGUUUUCCUUGAGGUUAUUCACUUGACCUUACAUUGAUUCCAGACAGUUCAUGGUUCAAGACAAGUAUAAUGCUCGACAACACUCCCUUAAAGAACUUUUUUCUGCUAUUCUUUUAUGCAGCUAAAAUCAACAUAUUCUGUUAGGGGUACCAAAAUAAAACUUCAAUUGUGAUCCUAAAACCUGUUAGCCAACACAAUUAACAAUGUUUUUAAGAGUUAGCUUUUGACUCACUCUUUUUUUAAUAGGUAUGGCAACAUCAGCCUCUGUUAAUUUUAUUUACACCAUAUUUAAAAAAAAACAAAAACAGAAAGAAUUAGGUUCUAGCAAAACAAUAAUUGUGUAACAUGACACAUUAUAUAUAUCUGAACGUUUUUUUUGUCCCACCCCCUAAUAGCAAGCGAUACAAAUAUCUGAAGUGAAAUCAAUCUGAACACCUAACACACAGCAGGACAGGAUGUAGGAGAACAAUAACAAACUUUCAAACCUUGAAUCACUCAUCAAUUGUCUCCAAUUAUUCUCUGUUAGCCAAUUAAUGUCCAAAACAACCAGUGCUUAAAAUACUUCUGUUUUAUUUUCUCCGGGGUUUUUUUCUUCACAUAAUGGAAAUGUAAAAUUCAAAUCAAUAAAGUACUUUUUAUCAAUA